GCGAGUUGGCUGAGAACCUCGACAAACUCAUUGCACAGUACCUCACCCCCAGAUCAUGACGAGCUCACGGAACCAAGAGGACAUGAAGCUCGCUCGGGGACAGUCGAGCGUGGACACGGAGAAGCUGCAUAUCUUCCUGUGGGGUGAGAGGGAGUGGCAGGCUCGCCAGCGGAUAGAGUCCAUUCUCGCGAAGGACCCCGUGUUCGACAGGUCGCGCAGGCCCUUCCUCACGCGCACCGAGCUCUACCACCGCGCAUUGGCAAUGACAAACCGUCUGCACGAGCUCCAGGAGCAACACAAAUGGUCCGCAGAAGAUGCCAAUCUCGCGUUCAGGAUCCUGGACGAGCCCCUCCCCAUCCAGCUCCACAUGGCCGCCUUCGAGCCCGUAAUCAGAUCCCAAGGCGGCCCCACGCUCAACGCGCAGUACGGCGCCCUCAUCGCGCACCGCGGCAUCCUCGGCUGCUACCUCCAGACCGAGCUCGGGCACGGCACGAACGUCGCCGCGCUCGAGACGACCGCGACGUACCUCCCCGCGACGCGCGAGUUCGAGCUCCACUCGCCCACGCUCACGGCGAGCAAGUGGUGGAUCGGCGCGCUCGGCAGGACCGCGACGCACGGCGUCGUCCAAGCGCGCCUCAUCCUGCCCUCGGGCGCGGACGCCGGGCCGCACCUGUUCUUCGUGCAGCUACGGUCGCUGGAGGACCACCGGACGCUGCCGGGGAUUACGAUUGGGGACAUUGGGCCGAAGGCGAUGGGCGGGUACGCUGCUGUGGAUAAUGGGUUUGCGCGGUUUGAUAGGGUGAGGAUCCCGAAGGAGCAGAUGCUCAGCGCGUUCGCGGGCGUGACGGACGAAGGUGGGUACGUCAAGCCGCCGCAUGCGAAGCUGAGUUACGGAGGGAUGCUCUACAUCCGUUCGAGCAUGGUGAGCUCCGGAGGCUGGACGAUUGCGAAAGCCGCCACCAUCGCCAUCCGGUACGCAACAGUCCGCAGACAGGGCAACAAAGGCAAAGACGGCCUCGAACGCCAAGUCAUCACCUACCCCUCCGUCUACCACCGCCUCCUCCCCAUCCUCGCGCACGCCUACGUCUUCAUCGCCCUCGGCCGCAACUUGACAGCGUCCUUCGCCGCCCUCCUCGCCCGCCUCUCCGCCGGGGACACCGCCCUCCUGCCCGAGAUGCACGCGACGACCGCGGGCCUCAAGGUGCUCGUCUCGAGCACGGCCAUCGGCGACCUCGAGACCGCGCGCCGCGCGCUGGGCGGGCACGGCUUCAGCGCGUUCGCGGGCGUCGGCCGGCUCUACGCGGACUACGUCCCCGCCGCGACGUACGAGGGCGACAACUUCGUGCUCGACCAGCAGGUCGUGCGCGCCGCGCUCAAGGCGCACGACGCGCUGACGAGGGGCGCGGGGGCGCUCACCCCGAGCGCGGCGUAUCUGCGGCUGCUUGUCGCGCAGGAUGCGGAGGCCCAGGCAGAGGCAGAGGCAGAGGCAGAGGCGAAGGGGGGGUGGGGGACCCGCGAGCGCGCUCGGCACGCUCGGGACCCAGACGCGAGCAUGGACCAGCGCGUGUCGCGCGCGGUGACGGACGCGUUCGUCGCCGUGCAGGUUUCCGAGAUCGUGCGCGGGCUGGAGGGCGACGUUGGGGAGAAGGACGCGGCGGUCCUGCGGAAGCUGUACACGUUGCAUCUGCUGACGGCGGUGGAGAGCGGGCUGGUGGACAUCCUCUCGUUUGGUCUGCUGGGUGAGGCGGGUCCUGGGGGCGAUCCGUCGAGGAGUCUGCGCGUGGCGAUCAAGGGACUUUGCGAGGAGCUGCUCCCCGAGGCGAUCGGGCUCUCCGAUGGGUUUGGGUUCUCGGAUUGGGAGCUAGACAGUGCGCUCGGGGUAUACGAUGGGAAUGUGUACGAAACCUUGUACAAGGCGGCGCAGUCCGAGCCUCUGAACAAGUCCGAAAUAUCCGCAGGCUACGAGUUACACAUCAGACCUAUGCUCGAGCGAGGGCAGCGUCUUGCAGGGGCCAAAUUGUAAACUAUAUGCGGCGUGUGCCCCGCCGUUUUGCGUCAUCAUGUAAUAUACAAUGUACUACUACCUACGGAUGUAACGUCAGACAUACCCCGGAAUGCGAUGUGCAUGAGGCGAACG